GCAUGUAACCGGCCGGGGACGACGCACAAGCGCAGUCGAGCAACGGAGUCGAACGUAGUGACCGGCGUCUCCUCUAGUGAAGUGUUGCGUUAAUUGCGAGUGAUUCCAAGGAACGACCUGUGCUCUCUCUGUGGAUCCGACGACAAUAUUUCGCCGCGCACGAAACGAAUUUAGCUGGACACCAUCUGGUACCCAGAAGGCAAGUGAGAUAAAGACAGGUGGCACGAGAAAGUAAGAAGAAAUCAUGGGUGCGAGACAGAGCAAGAGGUCCGUGGACAUAACGACGACGCCGAAGAAGGAGGGAAUACCCGUCGAGGGAGGCGUCGUCGGCGAUGCGGCCGCACCUGGCGACGGUAAGCUGGAAAGGAUCGAGGAGGCUGACACGAAGCCCACUACCAACGGCAUAGCACCGCACACGGACAGCCCUGACGACAAAGAGGACAAAGAUGAGGCUACCGAGAAGGACAAGGAGCAACAACCGCAGCAGGAAGAGAUAAAAACCGAGGAGACGAAGCAAGAAUCGUCCGGAGACUCUUCCGCGGAGGUUGCGGAGGUCACGACGCCCACAGAGGCCACCCCUGCCAGUCCGAACACUGCAACUCCAGACAAUAAGGAAGCCAAAAAGAAGGAUAAGAAGAAAAAGUGGUCCUUCAGGUCGAUCAGCUUUAGCAAGAAGGAUAAGACUAAGCCGAGCCGCGAAGAGGCGCCCAAGAAUGGAGAUGUCACCAAGGAGGAGCCGCUUGCAGAGGGUGGCGAGGAAGCGGAGAACGCGACGGCCGCCAUGAGUAGUCCGGAGGAGAAAUCAGCAGCGAGCAGUCCAUCGGCGGACGAGCAGGUAGCCGCCCCAGUAGCAGCGACUGAACCGAAGGAAGAGUCCAACGCGGCAUCGCCAGCAGCAGCUGCUAGCCCGGUCGAGGAAAAGAAAGAAGAACCCACUCCCUCCGCCCCCACUCCCGUCCCGUCCGUCGAGGAUAAGAAAGAGGAGACGGUCGAAAAAGUCGAGGCCGAGAAAAAAGUAGUCGAGGUCAGUCAGUCAGCCGGCGGUCAGUUCGUAACGGACCCGAUAGAGAUCCCAGUCCGUGUCCAGCCAGUCGCGACACCGUCUAUCAUUGAGAGGAAAACCAGUGAGGACCUUCCCUCCCUGCUCCCGUCCAGUCCACCGCCGACCCCCAUAGACCCGUCGCCCUUGCAACAGGCUCGGCAGGCUGCAGCGAGUGCCACGGCCCUGGCCGAGGCACUCAAAUUGCCUGCCGUGGCUGCUGACAAGGAAGAAUCGACGCCGACAUCACCGCUCGACGCAUCCUGUGACGAUGUUCCCCAAGAAAUCCGCGAAUCCGUUGUCCGUGCUAUCGCAUCUCCGACAUCAUUUGAGCCCUCCGAUUCGCGUCAAACAACGAAAAUUUUCUUCAUGAAUCUAAAGCACUAUCCGGUGGAAAAGGCCAAUAUCGAGGCACCUCAAGAUGUUGCGAAGACGGUAGCUAGUAGUUGUGACAAUAAAGAAGUCGAGAUGGAAUCAAAGAUAGAGAGCAUGUUAGAGAAUCCCGUCACGAUGACGAAGGAGUGUCAAGAAAGUGAGGCAAAUAAAGUAAAGGAAGUGUUACCAGAAAUGGAAUGUGAUGCAAGGAAGCAAUUGAUUGAACCGCUUGAUAAUAAAACUGCACAGAACGAAGAUGCGAUAGAGAGCAAAGAAUGUCCCUUUAAUCCUAAAGCGAUAGAUCCGUUUAUCAAUAGUGUGAGGAAAAGCGAUUCUUUGGAUCAAUGUCCGAUAAAUAUCAGUAACGAGAAACUGCCAGAAGUUACGGUUUUUCCAACAGUAGGAAAAGUUUCUGAUAUUGUUGUGGCUAAAGUUAUGAAUGAGCCUUUAGUUAUAGAUUGUCAAAUAAAGAGCGAGAUAAAUAGCUGUGGUGAUAUGAAGAUAAAUGUUCUACCUAGCAAUAAGAGUAACGAAGUUGCGAUUGAAACAUUACCAUCGAGUGAAAUUGAAUCAAAAGACGCAUAUCCGGCGGUAGAACAACAUUUAUCAUCUGAAAAUCUUGAGAUUGAAAAAAUGAAGUGUCCUCCAAGUGAAACAAUGCAACAAUGCAACGUAGAAUCAAUUGAGAAAUUAUUGGACUCGAAUCUUCCUUCAAUUGACAAAUGUGUGGUUCUUGAGUCAGAGAUCUCAUCGAAAACCAUUUCUACACCCUCGAAAAUCGAAAAUUUACCCAAAGAAGAACUGAAGCAAUCUUUGGCAGAUGCGGAAGUUAAAGGAAGUUUGUGCGAAAAACCGAUCGAAUAUGAACACGAUUAUGCGAAAUAUUCGCCUGAGGAAGAAAGAAUUGCAUCAAUAACUUCACCGACUGAAUUAUUCAUAAAUUCCGAAGAAGGUCCGCUAUCAGUUUCAGAAGAUAUUCUAGUAGAAGCUAAGCCGGCGAUGAUCAUUCCAGAAGAUGAUAGCGUGGAGGAGCUCUCCGAUACCACCGAGUCCAUUAAGGUGAUUCCUGAUACUGACGAAGAAAAAAUCGAGAACGAAGCAGAAUCAGAUAUUGCAUUACCCACGGAAGAGACUUUGAUCUCCGAAGAAGACAUGUCUGUUCCGGAAGAUGUCACAAGUGAACCAUUAAACGAAAUUAUUAACAUGCCUGAUAAUAAUAUUAAAAACGAAAUAAAGAUAAACGAUGUAGAAGACACGCUACCAGCUUCACUUGAAAAUUUGCAAGUCUCAACGAAUUCACAAAUAUGCGAGCUUCAAGACAUGGCAAAUGAAAUAGAACAUAUCGUUAACAGAGAAGAUUCAAUCACGAUAUCUGCUUCAGGUACUGAGGCUGAAACAUUUGUAACGUCUCCAUCGCAGAUUGAACAAAAAGAAGUUGAAAAAUGUCCUGUUUCACCGAAAGAUUGUACAACAUUGCCUGAAUUCUGCUCUUUACAAGACUCGGCACCGAAAUAUUCUCCGGAAAUAGCGUUUUCAGAUUUUCCGACGUCUUUCGUUUCAAAGAGACAUUCUCCGAUACAAAUUCUUUCAUCCGAAACGGAAAGCGUGUCCAUCUCGUUGGAAGAUCUUCCCCCGGCGCCCGAAGACACGGGGAUGCAAAGUUUAGAUUCCUUCGAUUAUCCUUUACCACCGGAAGAGCUCUCUUGUCCGUUAUCAUUGAUUGUCACUUCGAAUGUGUCCGCAGACGAGUUACCACCAGCUCCCGUCGAGCACGCGGCUAGCCCGAGAGAUCCGACAGAGACACUCCUCACACCGCCUAUAAGUCCCAACUUCCAAUCCAAUGCCAAUAUCACAUCCGGCAUCGCGACAGAAACCUCCACGAAAGAUUGCUCGCAAAUUUCCUCAUACGACGAUAUCAACAAUCGCGAGCAAUUGAGCGAACCAAUGAUUUUGUACGAUCAGUCAGAUAUUGAAUUGAAGCAGAGGCUGGCGGCCGAGUGCCUAGCGAAGACCGAAAGCCAGGAAGAGGCCUUGUUGUCGUGUGAAUUGUCAAACACCGUCCCAUCAACUAUCUCCAAGGAGCAUCACCAGAAAGCUCCGGAGGUCGAGGCGCCGGUAGAAAAUAACAUCGCCCACGAUGACAGCACGACGGAAAGCGCUGACGAGGCUCCUAAAAUUGCACCACCGGCCAUCCCGACCGAAGCACCCGCUUCCCCGCCAACAGCGCCGGCUAUCACCGAGGACGUUGCCUCGGUCACCAAGGCCAUCGAGGAGAUCGACAUAAGCGAUAAAGCGGUCGCUGCGGCAGUGAACGAAGCUAUCGAAUGCAACACGAAUGAAAUCAUCGCUGAUGCGCAUCACCAAAACAACAUAAACGAAUAAGCGCCAAUUAAUCGAAUUGUAUUUUGGAAAGAAAAAAGUUCUUUUCUCUCGUUAAAACCAAAAAAGUAUAUUAUAUAGAUAUGUAUAUUUGGACCAUUCCUACAACUAAACAGAAAAUAACGUUCUUUCGUUACGAGCAGCAAAAGGGAAAAACGGGACGAUGACGACGAUGACCGCGAUAUCGUGAGAGCAUAUAGACUCUAUGGUAGGCCUAUUAUUAAUUAUUAAACAACGUUUGACGACAGGGCAAACGGGAAUACGCGCGAAGGAAUGAAUCUGCAAUCGUAUUAUUUAAAAAUGGGUUUACGAGGUCAUAUGUAUAUCGCGCGAAUGUUCGUUUACGGCGAAGCAGAUAUAGAUUGUUCAUGCACGGUCUUCUUUCACUGAUUAAACGAUUACUCGUUUCAUUCUUUGUGGCGCGCAGAUAGAAUAAAGUUGCGCACGUGUCCUUCGGACUGUGUCGCAAUCGUUACAACGAUAUCGGCCCUGUUAUGUAGAAAUUUUUAAAGUUUCAUUAAUUGUUACUGAAGUCUAAUGCUCGAACAUCGCGCGACGGACAAGCGAUAGGAGCGAUUAAUUAAGAUCGUCGAGAUAGAGCGAGAAUUAUUCGUCGCGCAUUCCAAGGAAAAUACUCAUUGGAUAACGCCCUCCCGUAAUUACAUAACUAUUAUAUUCUGAUGAGAGCGAGAGAGUGUGAACGAGAAAGAGAGAACGAGAGAGAGAGAGUGAGAGAGAGAGAGAGAAAGUCAAAAUAUAGAGAAAGGAAUCAAGGAAGGAGAGCAGGCUGUGCGUGAUUGAUAGCGAUGUGUGAGAGGGAUAACGAACAAAAAAAAGUGCGCAAAACAAGAAGGAUGGGGCUGCAUCUUUGCCACGGUGAGAAUAGGAAAAGGACGAAAAUAUGCGAGAGGAAAACUAGAAAUAGCGGAAGAAGAUUAUUGAGCGACACGCGAUAAAGUUCGUACGAAAAAAGAAAAACCCGCGUCGACGACUUUAUUGAGGGCACCCGAUAUAUUGUUUCGCUCGUAUUUCCUUCGCGUUCCUUAAUUUUCCUUUUUCCGUUUACAUCUGUACAAUCGAAACGUUUUUACGUUGUAACAAAGAACUUGCACAUCUUCAAUAUGAUUUUGAUAGGCGCGUAUCCUAAGGCGCUUGCGAGCACACGAGGAGACACGUUACACACGAACACGAAAAUGACAUUUAUACCGCGUAUACGUAUAUACGUACCAUGCAACAUACGAGAUAAGGUAUAUACAGUAAGUCGAAAUGAGAUGUAAGUGAUAUAUUAAUCUAGGCUAUAGAGAAUGCGUUUGUGUAAAUUCGGCGUUUGUUCGAACAUGCUAACUUCUCCGUAGAGAAAGAGGGAGGGAAAGAGAAGCAGAAAGCACGAAAAAGCCUAUCGUAAUUUUUAUGAUAAUCAUUAAAAUAUCGCCUAAUUACAAUUUACAUACGAGACAUGCACAAUUACCACCCGGAAACGGUACCUUUUUCAAGUUUUCAUACGAUGUUUCUACGUUUCUACGUUUAUACGGAUCUCCAGAAGAUAAAAAAAAAAAAAUAAUUAUUGUCUACGAAAAGCUUUUUUUAUUAAGACUGUAGUGUAGAUCUUAAAGUGUUAUAAACGAGAAGCGCAUUAUACACGUGUGACACGCUCCGAUAUUUGGAAAUAUCGCCGAGUGUAAGGGAAGGAUGGGACCGAGCGUUCACUCGUGUCCGUGAUCGGCAUUAAUUUCUAAGCGGUUACAUACAUAUUAACGUGUAAGGACGGGAAGGAGGUAAGAUUAAAAGUUGUAUAGUAAAACAAUACAUUCAUUAAGUAUAUCUGUCCGCAAUGAUCUUUACAACGAAAAAAUUAUUCAUCAUCUUCUUGGAGCGGCGACGAUACGUUUUGGCGACGAGAGCGAACUUUUUAUCGAAAUUCUUCGCGAGCGACCCGAGAUUGAUAUCUGUGCAUCCACAUCAUUCUCUAGUGAUCGUCAUCACUCUGAGGCGCCGUCGAGGCAAACCUCGCUCGUUUAUUUAUUUUGCGCCGGAGACUACAAAAUUGUGAAUGAGACCUUUGGAUCGAAGCCGCCUCAGAUGCAAAAGUACAGUCUCCCAAUAUCUUCGAUCAGCAGUUAUAAUGGUAACUAAACUAUUCUACAUUUAUCUAUAACCUAUAAUAAACUGUGAAACAAAGUGUA